CCAAUCCCCAAUAAACACCAAAGAAGAAGAAAGAAGCGUCAUCUUCGUGCGCCUGCCUCUGCUUUGUUUGUUCCGCACACCUCAGCAGCAGCAGAGUCGCACACACCCACUUCUUUAUUCCAGAUACUUCUUUAAACCGUGAACAAACCAUCUGGCUGAGUUGUCCUCAGCUGCAGCCCGCUGGGUCUGUCUACCAUGGCCACGUCUAGUGAUCUGAAGGUCUUCCUGGAGUCCUCCCUGAACGAGAUCUUUAGAGCCACAGUGAGCGACAUCAUCGACUCAGUGGACCGGACCCUGUCCGAGUACCAGGGCACCAUACACAGGAUCGAGUCCGAGAACGAGGGCCUGAAGCGGCUGCUGCUGGCUCAGAAGAGCCCCGAGGCUGCUGCACAAGAUAUUCAUGAACAAGAUGCCACUGAAAAGUUUUCAGAGUGGAACAAUCGGCCCAUUAACUCCACCCAGGGCCUGUUCACGAUGUCCAUACGCAGCAGUGACAAGAAGAGCUUCAGGAGGAAGCAAAAGGACAAGAUGAGGGAGAGCGCAUCCUCUUCCUCCUUUUUACUGCAACCUGAUCACAUGGUAGAAACACCAUGUGUGAACACAGCAGAGGUAGGUGCGUCCACCCAAAACAUGAUAUCUGUAAAAACAGAGCCCGGCCUGGAUGAAAGUGGUGCUAUUGACCUCUCCCAGCCUUCGUCCCUCCUCAAUCUGACAAUGAGGCCGAUAAAAAAUGAAAGCGCGGAAGUUAGUUUCGACGAUGCAUAUGCCACUCUGCCGCCAUCUACAGGCCUCGAACAAGACCCCAGAGGCAGCGACGGUGAAGUUAAGGUCACCAUUGUUUCUGACACUUACAUGCAGGAUGGACAGUUCAUUAAGACGGAGGAAGAGGAGCAGAAUGGGGUGUUGCAGUAUGACAAUGACGGUUUCACUAAGCCUGAGUUGAGCUAUUACCCUGAGUCAGUAAUAGAUCCUGAGGCGGCUGCAAGCAGACAGGUUGUGGAGCCAGAAGUAGUGGCGAAUGAAGAAAACGCUGCUGUUGCCGCAGAUGCGUUUGUGGAGGUUCCGAACAACUUUCUGCGCUGCCCCACCUGUCCCAAAACAUUCAGUCGAGCAGCUUCGCUCAACAUCCACAUCAAGACGCACAGCGCCGAAAAGGCCCACAGCUGCAGCUACUGCGGCAAACGCUUCGGCCGGUCCGACCUCCUCAAGUCCCACAAGCGCACCCACACAGGAGAGAGACCCUACAGCUGCAACCUCUGCAGUAAAACGUACGCCCAUCCCAGUCAGCUCCGGAUACACAAACGCGUCCACACCGGAGAGAAGCCGUAUUCCUGCUCGCACUGCGGGAAGCGCUUCAACGAGCACAACCAGCUCAAAGUCCACUUGCGGACUCACACCGGGGAGAGGCCUUACAGCUGCCAGGAGUGCGGCAAAACUUUCAGCAACGCGGGCAACCUGCGCAUACACGAGAGGAUCCACACCGGCGAGAAGCCGUACUGCUGCGCUCAGUGCGGGAAACGGUUCAACGGCUUGGGCGACCUCAAAACACACUACAGGAUUCACACUGGCGAGAGGCCCUACAGCUGCGAGCUGUGUAAGAAGACCUUCAGCCAGGCGGGCCAUCUCACCAUACACAUGCGGAUGCACACGGGAGAAAGGCCGUACAGCUGCAACGAGUGCGGCAAGAAGUUCACGGUGGCCAGCAGCCUCAAACUGCACCAGAGGACUCACACCGGAGAGAAGGAGUACAUCUGCUCGUUCUGCAGCAAGAGCUUCAGCAGGUCGGGUCACCUGAAGAGACACGAGCUGGUCCACACCAAAGAGAAGAUCUAUCUCUGCAGCCAGUGUGGGAAGACCUACACGGACCAGUCGUCCCUUAAGAAGCACCUGAAGAUGCACGCGGCCAAGGAGCAGAAGGAUCAGAGCGAGGGAAGGACCAGCGACGCCGAAACAAGCCGACCUUCAGCCUCGGAGACGCUUUCAGACACUGUUAAAAAUCAGAACCAAAUUCUUGGAGAUGAGUAAUGUAAAAGCUGAGAAUGUGUGCUGUAUGUGAUUAAAAUAAUCUUAAAUCAAGGCCAACUUACUAGCUUUUUCAGAAACGCAUCUCACGGCCUACAUCAGCAGAGUAUUACCAGCCCGUUCUCAUCCCAGGGCGUCAAAUACCAACGCUUUGUCAACGGCCAUCGGCGUGCGUUACCGACGCACAGGGCACCCUUUAGCGCCGGUAUGAGACGUUCAUCAAAGUUGUGUAAUAAGUUUCACUUUCAUGUUAUAAUCGUCUGUUCCUUCGUGUCCCAUGUUCACAAUGUUCCGUUUAAUUUUCGCUUUACAAACGUAGUAGUUUUAAGCUCAACCAUUUAGUUUUUUCCCAAACCUAACUAAGUGGUUUUCUAACGUGACGCCAAGAGGCGUGACAAAGCGGCAGCAUGUGACGAGUGAGAUGAGAACGUGUUGGUAAUACAGCUAAAAACUGUAUUUUGUCUAAUAAGCGUUAAAUCUGUUACUCACACUGGAAUUCCUGGAUCGUAUUUCACCGUCUCUCUGGUACCUUAAACAACAUGACCAACACAGCCCACCCUGUGCUGUGUUAGUACAGGGUUGCUGUGGUUGAAAGCUCCGGGAAAAAAAAAGCUAUAAAGUGGAGUGAGUUAAUAUUUUUGUCUAACUGCUGUUCCCCGAGGUCAAGAACAAACUCUCACCCUCCAAACUGUAUGUGAUGUUUGUGGUACAGUGCAAUACACUGUUGUCUAAUCUUUGCUGUGAUUUAGUAGAUCCAAAUGUUUAGCAAUACCUUCUGAUUAUUUAAUUUUGAUCGAUAAACUCUUAAUAUUCCUCUCGUAGUCUUCUCUCUCACAACAUAGUGUAAAGAGACAGCUAAUGGGACUCUGAAAGAUCAGUUGUUCUUUGAAACAUGCUGUAUGUUACCAAACUGUUGGUAAUUUGAAAUGCUUUAAAGGAAAAGUUAUUGAAUGCAAUGUCUUGUCAGAUUGGCAGGAUGGUUUCAACCACCCUGCUCCAGGGUCCAGGUUUCUGCUCUGUGGUCGUGACCUUUGACCUCCUUGAAAAUAUAAUUUUCCCACAGGGGGUCAGUAAAUAAUAUAACAAUAUGAUUGUUUUAGAAUAUUAAGAUGCUUCUACACACACGUGUACACUUUGUAGUAGCCAGAGAGUUAGAACUGCACCAGUGACUAAAGGUGAAGAUCAUAAUAUAUAAUAAUAUAUUGCUGUAUAUAGCUUUAACUAUACAGUCAGCAGUCUGAUCCAUUGAACUGACACGAAUGUAUUUGUGUAAUCAUGUUACUGACCAUAAUGUUCCUGCAAAAUGUUCAGUAUUGAUUGACCAGCUUUCAAUAGUAAAUGAAUAAUUGUUUUGUAAGCCACGCUGACGUCAAACAGCUUCUAGAGGAUUUGUUCUAGGUUGUCCACUGUUCUACCAGGAAACACGUCUCGUACCAUGAUUCAUGUCUUACUGACACACACACGUGAGUAAAAUGUCAUGUUUAUGAUGAUAGGGCUACUGUUUGUUGUGGCAACUGGUUGAUAUACCUGCACAGCAAUGUAUAUUAAAGUGCUGCUAGGGCUUUAUUGUGACUUACAAUAAUUUGUGUGAUUUGUGUCUAAAUUAAAGAGAAAAGUUAACCAAAA